UGUUAAGGGCAUCUUGAGAUACAGACAUGAAGUUAAUUCAGUUUUUGUUGUACACUUGCGUUUUUUGCAGUAUCCUGGAUGUCACUGAGGCGGAUUUUUACUCGUUUGUCACUAAUUUACCAUCGGAAAUUGGGAGUGCUGUGAGCACAGCAUGGAAUAAUAUUGUCACAGCAAUCAAGAAGCCGGUGCGGAUUCGGAAUGUACGGCGCAGUAAAAGACGAACCACUAUUUCUCCAUCCAGCGAUAUUUUUAAAACUACGACAAUGUCAGAACAAUAUCCUGUCAUGGAGACAGAUCAAAGUGAUGGAGACAGCACUUUGAUAAGCGUGACCGAUAAUGUAUCAAAAAGAAAUACCGAUUUAAAUCCAAGAAUACCAUUUAUAAACCAGCCUAAGUGGAAAUCUAUGAACGACUGGACCAAUAUGCAGCGACCGACAUUAGUUCAGCUCAUACAAAUAAUAAGAGAAAGAAGCAAUGGGACCACUACAACCGGCAGCACAAUCGAAAACACAGCGAAAAACUCAAAAGCAGUUGGCGCAGAUGACGAAGACAAUCAUUUUGAUAUUAUCAGCAGAAAUACGAGACCCAGUUAAUCUCUCCAAUGUCUUCCAUUAAUGAGAA